GGCCAGGAGAGUAUCCCACGAGAUACCCAUAGCUACCGACUACGGGAACUUCAUUUACUUCAACCUGUACGACUUUGACAGCUGUGUUCUGUCCAAAUCAUUGCGGAACUUCAGUCAUCAUGCGUGCAUCCUUGGUCCAACUUCUCGCCGUCGCGGUCGGCGUUCAGGCCCAUGGCUAUCUCUCCUCUCCCAUGAGCCGAACCGGACUCAAUGCCCAGUCCAAGGCCGACACAUGUCCCGAAUGCACAAUCCUCGAACCGGUAACCGCAUGGCCCGACCUCGACUCUGCGAAAGUAGGUCGCAGCGGCCCCUGCGGCUACAACGCUCGCGUAUCUGUCGACUACAACCAGCCCGGCCCCCGUUGGGGUUCCGAACCCGUCAUUACCUAUACAGGUGGUUCCACCGUCGACGUACAAUGGUGUGUCGACGCCAACGGUGACCACGGCGGCAUGUUCACUUACCGAAUCUGCCAGGAUCAAGCUCUCGUAGACAAGCUCUUGACACCGGGAUAUUUGCCCACCGAGGCGGAGAAGCAGGCUGCUGAAGACUGCUUCAGGGCGGGAGAGCUGAAGUGUACCGAUGUCGCUGGUCAGACCUGUGGAUACAAUCCGGACUGCCAACAGGGCCAGCCGUGCUGGAGGAAUGAUUGGUUCACCUGCAAGGGGUUCAACGACGGCCCCAGAUGCAAAGGUGUCGACAACGCGGCACUGAACUCUUGCUUUACGAGUAUUGCGGGUGGAUACACCGUGAGCUCAAAGAUCAAGAUUCCAAACUAUACAAGCAACCACACCUUGCUGUCGUUCAAGUGGAACUCCUUUCAGACACCGCAAAUCUAUUUGACGUGUGCGGAUAUCAAGAUCACGGGCUCAGGUGGCUCCACUCCACCGGCUUCGAGUAAGGCUCCAACAUCAUCGACGAGGCCCACGUCAACUGCCGUGCCUAACGGAUGUGCAACCCCUGUUCCAACCGUCGCGGUGACGUUCAAUUCAAAGACCACAACCUCGCUCGGUCAGACAGUGAAGAUUGUCGGCUCGAUCUCACAGCUGGGCAAUUGGAAUACAGCUUCUGCUCCAGCGCUUUCUGCAUCUAAGUAUACCGCUGCAAAUCCCCUCUGGACGGCAAAUAUCAAUCUGCCGGCGGGUACAAGCUUUGAGUACAAGUUCAUAAAGGUCGAUAGCAAUGGUGCUGCUACGUAUGAAUCUGGUGCUAACCGAGUGUACACCGUGCCGAAGGGUUGCGCGACCGGGGCUACAGUGGAUACGCAGUGGAAGUAGAAGUCUACCAGAGAGAAGUUGGUUAGCUGCCCAGUUUACUUCUCUGUAGUAUAGCAACGUUUCGGCCG